UGCGUGUGUAUUGAAUUUAAUACAGCCGGCCGGCAAAUAUCGUAUCCGGACUGAAGUCCAUGGCCGGCCGGCAAAUAUCGUAUCCGGACUGAAGUCCAUGGCCGGCCGGCCAACUGAACAUGCGUAGAUAUGGAAAAGUUUUGUAGGGGACGUUUGUUCUUUGUUGCAUUGCAAUUUGCAUGCACUCAGUAACAAGUAGACAGUUGAAGUUGCAGUGUGUGUAAUAAAUAAGUUGUCCCUAAAACACUGAAAAAUGGAUUCUCGGUUAGAUAUCGUGGUGUUUGGUGCAACAGGAUUUACAGGAAAAUCCACUUUACCUUACCUCCACAAAUUGGCACAAAAUCCGGAAAGAUCUCUGACAUGGGGAAUUGGUGGAAGAUCGCUAGAAAAAUUACAGAAUAUUCUGCACGAAGCUUCAACGCGGAUAGGUGCGGAUCUUAGCGGUAUCCCGAUUAUAAUCGCAGAUAGUACGAACGAAAAGUCUAUAAUGGAAAUGACGAAGAAAGCCAGGAUGAUUAUAAAUUGCUGUGGCCCAUAUCAGGUGCAUGGGGAAGUUGUGGUUAGAAGUUGCAUCGAGACUGGUACUCAUUAUGUUGAUGUAACUGCGGAACCUUAUUUUCAAGAAGCUAUGGAGAAGAAAUAUCACGAAGCAGCGCAGAGACAAGGGAUCUAUAUUGUUAAUUAUUGCGGAUAUGGUUACAUGGCUACCGAAAUUCCAGUGUGUUUGUUAGAAAAUAAAUUUCCAGGAACCCUGAAUUCGGUGGAAAUCUUCACAGACACCUACCAAGGGGUGUAUUCGCAAGGUUCGCAAUUCAAUAUUGGUAGCUGGAAAAGUGCAGUGGUGGCAUCUAGUAAAUUAAAAACUUUUUUUUGGAACAAAAUAAAACGAGAUUGGAAUUCCGUAAAAAUGCGGCCAAAGAUAUGUUCAAGGUUACCGUUCAGCAGAAUCACAAGCAUUGGUAUUCCAAAUAAAAAGAUUUUACCAUUUCCAUCGCCAGACAUUGACAUAAUCAACCGCUCUCAGCGCUACUUCUACGAAAACGUCGAAAAGAGACCUAUCCAGGUCCGCCACUACUAUCUCUUGGAUUCGUGGAAAAGUAUUCUGAAACUGCUGUUUAUGGGAAUGAUAACGAUUAUUUUCAGUCAGUUUAGUUGUGGUAGAAAAUUACUGCUGAAAUAUCCAAAAGUGUUCUCAGGGGGACAUUUUGAUCAUGAAUCUCCCAACGAAGAAGUAGUUGAAAACACAAAAAUCUGCAUGUAUUUUUAUGGAAAAGGUUGGAGUAAUAAGAAAGAUAGCCAAUUUAAUCAACCACCCAAUAAAAGUAUUCUAGGCAAAAUUGAUAUUGUUAAUCCUGCCUAUGGGUUUACGUGCUUAGCUGUAGUACUCUCGGCAAUUAUCAUAUUAACUGAACCCUCCAAGUUGCCCAAGAAGGGAGGUGUAUACACGCCUGCAGCUGCUUUCUUCGAUACGUCAAUGGUGGAAGCGUUACAGAAAAAUGGAGUUCCAUUGAAUAUAUUAUCUGAGAAUGAUUUGUAAUACGAUAAUACGUGGAGAGACUUAAACUUGUAGUACCUAAAUACGUUACGUGCCUUUUCUCCAACCAAGGAAUGCUCAAAUCAUUAUUUAUGGUCCAACUGAAUGGGAAAAAAUUCUAUUAUUUAUAUAUAUUAUAGUGUAGAUAUUUGUCUGUUCGCUUAUUGUAAUGUAUGUACCUACUUGUAAUGAGAGACCUAUGUGAAAAAUUCAUUUAAUUAAUAUGGUAGGGUUUUUUACGUAUAAACACAAAACUAUUAUUACGUGUAGCUUGUAUCCAAGGUAUUUGUUUCGUUGUAAAUAGUUUGUUUACUAGAAUUAUUAAGGAUAGGGAAAUGUUUAUCUCAUUUUUGUUAUCAAUUUUGAUUUGUUAAUAUGUGUCAGUACAGAUUUAAUUUAUUGGGUAUUUCGUUUAUUUUUAUAAAAGGUGUAUGUAAUUGUAUAGAGAUAAGGAUGCAUUUUAAUCGGAAAAAAAUUGUUUGUUGUAAUUUAGAUAAUUCCGCGUAAAAUUUGCCUACGUGCGACUGAAGAAAGAGUCCUGUAGCGAAACGUUCAUUGGUUUGUCGCGUUGCCAUGGUCAGGUAAUUGGAUGAAAAAAUUCGAUUUGUUUAACGUGGAAAAGGGGCCUUUUGCCAGUUUCGAGGCCGAGGUGCAAUUCGUUAAGAGGCCUUUCAUCAAGUUCGAGGCAGAGGUGUGUUUAGAAGACGCGCGUUUCUGAGUUAAAGUUUGGUGGCAAACUACUGCCUUUCGUCAUGUAAACAAUCUUGUUGUUGGUCAAAUAGAAUUCAGUAUGUGGUAAUCAAGA